AUGGUGGGAGGUGGGACAAUACCCUGCCACGCCAAUGUCAAGCGCCAAGUUCCACUUUAUCAAGCACUGCAUGGCCCAACGAUCUACGACAUGAACAUCCCAAUGUCCAACUCAAUUACAUCAAUAGAGUUUGGUGAUUGGUUCAACAAGACGAUACCCGUGGGAUGGUUGUCAGCCUCGCUCACCGAGAUCACAUUCAAACACUCGCACAAUCAACCAAUAGUGCCCGGUAGUCUCCCUCCAUCGCUCACCAAGAUUCUCUUUGGACUAGAAUACAACCAACCUUUUGAAGCUGGUUGCCUGCCCUCCUCUCUAACACACCUUGGCAUUCACUCAUUCUUAUACAGUCAUGACAUACUGCCCGGCACGCUGCCAAACUCCAUUACUCAUAUUAGCAUACCUCAUGAUUCUUUCAACUCAAAGAUACAUGAUAGUGCACUGCCGCAAUCACUCACCUCAAUGCGUCUUUCCAUCAAAUUCAUGAACAAGAUGCUCCAAGACAAAGUGUUCCCAAAGACAACUAUCAGAUCGUUGGGACUUGAGGCCUACUCAGAGAAAAGGACACUAAGUUCAUUCACUAGUCUGACUAGCUUGAAAUUGAAUGGUCACACAUUCAGAAUGGAAGACCUGCCCAUCAUGUGGUGUCCUCAAAGUGUAAAGACACUUCGUUUGGACCAUACAUACAUUGUUUUAACAGCUGGCUUGCUUCCACAAACAUUGACGCAUCUGACCUUGGGCGGUACCUUCAACGAGCCACUCACAUCGAGAAUGCUGCCAGACAGCUUGAUCGAGCUGCAUCUUGGGAUAAGCUUUAAUCAACAACUUUGCCUCCCCAACGGGCUCACAACCCUCACGUUUGGCAAUAGCUUUGAUCAGACACUGACAGCGCGAAUACUCCCUCAAUCAUUGACCAAGCUGAAGGUGGGCAAAUAUUACAAUCAAACAUUGCCGCGAACAAUGAACACACUCAAACGUCUUGCCAUUGGUGAGUCCUUUAUUGACAAGAUCAUACUGGCAAUCAAUCCACCUGUCAAGAACGCAAAGAGACAGAGUAGGACAAAUCGGACCAUCUUCGACCUCCCUAAAAUCACAAUUACAACAAUGUGUCAAAUCACUGCCCCUUUGGACUUGGUCUGGUGCUCAUACGUAUCAUUGCUAAGGCAGCCGGUCAUGAUGAUCAAGUCGGUGCUGUCAUUCUUCCCCUCGUCUCAAGUACGCAUUGAUCAACAGGUAGUCUUCUGCCAUUUGGAGUUAACCAAGUAUGUUGCCUAUCCAUAUGGAGGUGCCGCCAUCGUCCAUCGAGAAAUCAAGAUUAUCAACAUGGCUCAGUCAAUCAAAUAA